AAAUUGAAGUGCAAGUAUUUAAUUUAUAUACUAUUUUUUUUUUUUUAUAAGUUCAGAGCGCGUUCUAAAUCAAUAAUUAUGGCUAGAUCACAAGCGAUAUGUCAUGGCAAAUCAUUUAUGGGACUGCUUCGUUACAACCGCGUCAUUUCCUUUAUACCCAGAGCGCAUUGCAUGCAAGUGCGCACCAAGUGCGAGUUGAAUGGCAUUGUCAUUGGACUCUAUCUCAAGGAAGGCGAAAAGGACCCUCAGUUGACGCCGAACGGCGAAAAGUUCGAUGAUCGCGUUGGCGGAAAGAUCACCGAGUUGGUCAGAGAGACAAACAUGAUUGGCGAGUUGGGCGAGGGUCGAAUGUUCAAUAAUGUGGAUAAAGAAUUCUCAUCUGUGGCCGUUAUUGGCCUGGGACAGGAGGGUGUCGGCUACGAUGCCGAGGAAGUGCUCGAUGUGGGCAUGGAAAACACACGAGUUGCCGCAGCAGUUGGCGCAAGAUUUCUGCAGUAUCAGGGCGCACAGACCGUGUUCGUCGACGGCAUGGAGUACCCGGAGCAAGCGGCCGAGGGGGCUGCCAUGGCCGUUUGGCGCUACAAUGUAAACAAACGAAAGAAUAACCGCAUGCAUAUACCCAAGCUUGAGUUGUACGGCUCGGCGGAUGUAGAUGCCUGGACACGCGGCCUAUUCAAGGCCGAGUCUCAAAAUCUGGCGAGGCGUCUCUCUGACACGCCGGCCAACCAGAUGACGCCUUCUAUUUUCGCACAGGCCACAAUUGAUUCGCUGUGCCCAUGCGGUGUUACCGUCGAAGUCCGCUCUAUGGACUGGAUCGAGGCGCAGGGUCUCAAUUCGUUUUUGAUGGUUGCCAAGGGCUCCUGUGAGCCACCCAUUGUGCUAGAGAUCCAUUACUGCGGCAGCUCACCCGAGGACCGGCCCUUGCUCAUGCUUGGCAAGGGAUUAACGUUCAACAGCGGCGGUCUCUGCCUGAAGAGCAAAGUAGGCCUGCACGAAUAUCGUGCCGCCGUCAGCGGAGCAGCCUCUGUUGUGGCUUCUAUUCGAGCUGCGGCAGCAUUAUCCCUGCCCAUCAAUGUGUCGGCCUUGUUGCCGCUCUGCGAGAACAUGCCCUCGGGCAUGGCGGCUAAGCCAGGUGAUGUGAUCUCCCUGUUGAACGGAAAGACAUUGUGCAUUAAGAAUACCUCUGCUGCCGGCGCGGUAAUGCUUGCCGAUCCGAUGCUCUUUGCGCAAAAUACAAUGAAGCCCAAACUACUCUUAGACCUCGGCACUUACGCCAGAGGUGUUAGGCAUGGGUUGGGUGCCUCCUCGACAGGUUUGUGGACAAACAACAGCACCCUGUGGAAGCAGUUCAAGAAGGCGGGCUCAAUUACCGGCGAUCGUGUCUGGCGCAUGCCGCUUUGGAAAUACUUCAAGCAUCUAAUUGAACCAAAGAUGACUUACGACAUGUGCAACGAGGGACAAGGACCCGCCUCCUCGUGCCUAACGGCUGCAUUGCUGCACCAGCUAGUACCCUGCCUGGACUGGGUGCAUCUCGACACCCGGGGCACAGGCAUGCUGGCCGAACAUGGCGUGCCACCAUAUCUGCUGCGGGAUCGCAUGACUGGACGCCCCACACGCACGAUUAUUCAGUUCAUGCACCAACUGGCUUGCAAAUAAAUUUUUGGACGAAGAUAUCGGACGAUUUCAGAUAUUAAAACGUUUCUCUGCUAUAUGUUCCAAAUUGUUUCCAGUAUGACCGUGACGGCAUGAAGAAGAGAUGUGGGCUGAUUAUUUAAUUGUAUAUGUGCCAGAUGAUGUCCAUUGCGCUCCUAUUUAUGUACCAAAUUGUGAGUGUCCACAUAAUGUACUGAUCCCAACUGAAGUUUUAACCGAUGUAUGUUUCAAUAUUGUCUACAAAUUAUAGAAAUGUAAACAAAAAAAUAUAUAUAUACACACAAA